CUGCCGGGGCCGAGCAGGAUUAUAAAAAGCGACCCACAUAGGAGCUCAAACACUCCCGAUUGAUUCCCCUUCUGAGACCCGAAGAACCAGACACUCGCAGCCAAGAUGAGAGUCUUCCUCGCAGUUGCCGUGCUGAUGCUGGCUUUCGUCGCCUACACAGAGGCUCAGGAGGAAACCAUGAAAGACAAGUUCACCAGAUUUGGGGAGAAGGUGUCUGAGCUAAGCCAGACCAUGGCUGACAAGGCCAGGUCCACCUUUGAAACUAUUCACAACAGCGAGGCAGCAGUCAAAACCCGCGACUGGUUCGAGGAGAGGAUGCAGCAGAUCAAGAACUCGUUCCAGUGAAGUAGAUGAAAAGAUGGUGUCAGCGGUCGUCCCCCCCCCACACUCACGUAUCACUCACAUCACCCUCCUGACCAGCAGCAACGUGAAAAGUACCACCAAAUAAAAUAAAAGGUUUUCGGUGAUAACAUUAAAAUUUAUCCUGCAAAGAAAAUAUGAAAUGGGUCAAUGUAAUGCGUGGAAGCAGAUAUGUUGUUUGAUACGAAUAAAUGAACAAUUCUGGUCUAUA